AUGCUGUCGGAGAAGGACAAGGAGUUGAUCCGAGGCAGCUGGGAGAGCCUGGGAAAGAACAAAGUACCCCACGGUGUCAUUAUGUUCUCCAGACUUUUUGAACUGGACCCAGAGCUCCUGACUCUCUUCUACAACAAGACAAAGUGUAGCUCCAGCCAGGACUGCCUAUCCAGCCCUGAGUUUGUGGAGCAUGUCACUAAGGUGAUGCUGGUCAUCGAUGCAGCAGUCAGUAACCUUGACGACCUGCCCUCGCUAGAAGACUUCUUGCUGAACCUUGGGAGAAAGCACCAGGCGGUUGGCGUGCACACCCAGUCUUUUGCUGUGGUGGGGGAGGCCCUUCUCUACAUGCUGCAGUGCAGUUUGGGUCAGGUCUACACUGCACCCCUGCAACAAGCCUGGCUCAACAUGUACAGCAUUGUGGUGGCGGCCAUGAGCCGAGGAUGGGCCAAGAACGGCGAGGACAAGGCCGACUGA